AUGACUGAGCAAUACUUUAAGCCAGGAGAUUUGGUUUGGGCAAAAUUAGAUACUUAUCCGUACUGGCCAGCAAAGAUAGCUUCACAAUGCAUUACAGAUGAACUUAAGGCAUGCAUGGGAGAGGAGGGUAUUGCGGUUCUAUUUCUUGGCAUUGAGCUAACAUAUUCAUUGGUAAAUAAGGACUGUAUAAAAAACUUUGAGGAAUGCUUUGAUGUGUACAGCCGAGCGAAAGUUAGAAAGACAUCUAAGGAUGAUUUUGAAAGAGCGCUGGAGAUGGCAAAGGUGGCCGAUACAAUUGAAGAGCCCCCGCUUGAGCUAGAUGAAGAAGAAAGGAUUGUAAAGGCAAUAAAAAUAGACAAUAUGAAUGGCAAGGAACAGCCAAUAGAAAAUGUUAAGAAAAUGAAGAGGUCAGAGGAAAAGAGCGGAGGAGCAGCUCCGGGAAACAGAAGCGAGACCAUCUCUAAAAUGCAAAUUAACGUUGAUACGAAGAUGAUUACUGUUCAAGAAGCAUCUAAUGAAGUCAAGAAUGAAAUCAGUGUUGAUGAGAAAGUGGCCACGGCUGAGGUUGCACAAAAAGAGAAUAAAAGUAAUACUCAACACGAGGAACAUAUUGGCUCUGAGCAAGAAAACGGGCGAAAGGGUAAGAUUGUGGAACAAGCCAGCAGUGAGAAAGAAAACCAGGAUGCAAAGAGUGACGAUGUUUCUAUGACUGAGGUUAGUAUCGAUGGUAAACAUGUUCUGGCUUCUAACGAGGACGCAUCCAAAAGUGGGACAGGAUUGAAUGCGAAUAGUAAUUAA